AUGGCCGGGUACCCUUCGCUGGAGCAGCUGCAGCAGGAGGUCAUCGAGGCAGCGAAGCGUUGCAGCUGCGAAGCCUCGCUGCGACAGGCCUUGGAGAGGCUGCAGGCACCGGCGACUUCGAUGAAGGAAUCGCAGAGCGGCAUUUUUGGUGGCCUGGGUGAAAGCCUGGAAGAGCUGGGCAACAAGGCGAAGGAAGCGUUGAAUCGCUGGCACUUUUUGGAUGGCUGGUCCUUCAUUGGAGAUCGCGCCCAGGACUACAUGCCCGAGGAUGUGACAGAAGUCUUGCGGAGCUUGAGGGAAGGCUCCGGCGUCUUUGGCAUGGACAUUGGUGGCACCUUAGCCAAAGCUGCCCAGCUGCUGGCACCGGGCGAAAGUCACAUCAGUCCCUCCACCUUUGGCAAGACGGGGACCUUCCACAAGGAGCUCUCCUUCCAGCUGAAGGUCAAAGAUGUCAUGCACGAUGUCCACUUCUUGUCUGGAGCUACUUACUACUUGGAGAUGGUGUUGAAAAGCCUUCAGAAGGAUCCCUCCCCAAAGCCCAGCAUCCCCACCAGCCGCCGCAUCGUCACUGCUGGGGGUGGCGCGCAUCGACUGGCGCAACUCUUCAUGGAUUCGCUGACGGUGGAAGUUGUGCCCUUUAAAGAGAUGGAGUCAUUGGUCAGUGGACUCACCUUCUUGCACGAGCACAAGCCUGAUAACGAAGUCUUCAAAAUCCAACCCGAUGGCACCCAAGAGUUUGUUGACUGGCCUGAUCCUUUGUACCCAUGCAUCGUCGUGAACAUUGGCUCAGGUGUGAGCGUCUUGAAGUUAGAUGCCAGUGAAGAUGGCAAAGAACCAUACUUCACACGCCUGGGCGGCACCGCCACAGGGGGCGCUGCCUUCCUUGGUUUGGUGCGGAUGAUGACCAGAGCCAAGACCUAUCCGGACUGCCUGGCCUUGGCGCAGAAGGGCGAUGCCAGAAAGGUGAACAAGUUGGUCAGUGACAUCUAUGGCCAGGAUGGGUGUUCCAAUUUGGGGCUAGCACCUGGCUUGACGGCUGCUCACUUUGCCAAGAUCACCAUGAAGGAUUUCAAUCAUCCUGACUAUUCAGAGGAGGACAUAGCUGCUGCAGUCUUGACCAUGGUGGUUUCAGCCAGUACCGUCAUUGCCAGAGCUUUUUCUCGGUCCGUGGCGAGUUCCACUGGUGCUAAGGAUGAGAAGCUGGCGCAGGCCCGGAUGCGGAGCAGAUCCAAUACCUUGGACGACCUCAGUGGAUCUGCUCCAUUGGUUUCAAAGGCACAACUGAUGGGUGCUGCGCCAUACCCAGGCGAACGCAAGACGCCGGUCUUCUUCGUGGGAGGCUUCCUGGCCGAGAAUCGGAGGGCUUGGGAGAUCAUCAGCCGAUCCUUUCGGAACUUGGAUUGUGGACCUGCGCUCUUCCUCCGCCAUGCUGACUUCCUGGGGGUCUUUGGAGAGAUUGCCUUGAUGAGCGAAGACUGCAAGAGGAAGGGUCGGUGUACUGCUUUGAAGCCAACACAGCUGCUGAUUUUUUAUCGGGACGAUUACAAAUGGUGCGUGGGCGCUUCACAGGAAACCACUGUUAAAGAGCGCGUUGCCUUCCUGCGCAUGGCGGAAGAAGGUCUCCUGGCAGACAUGAGAUACGUGGACCUGCAAGCCCUGGCGGGCAGCUUGACGGAGGAUUUCUACAUCGGCGAGCACGAGAUCAUCCGCCAGGGUACCGAGGUUGAACGCAUCAUCUUCGUCAAGAGCGGCUUUUGCAAAAUCGUGCGGGAACUGCAUCCCAAGUACACCAAAGUCUUCUGCCGCUAUGCAAAUUAUGCAGAGCCCAUGCCAAACCCCUACGCAGAAGGAGAAGGAGGUCUUCGAGUGGGCGAGAAAGGCGUUUGGCCGCGCCCACAGCAGCCCAAACCGGCAGCCGCGGCUCGUGUAGCUGCGCAGAAUGCCUCAACGCCCCGUGAGGGUGAAACUGAGAAGAGCACCUUGAAACUGGAGUCCCACCAGAUGCUCAAGAAGAUGUUGCGCCUAGUGCAAGGAGAGCAUGAGGACAGAUACCAACAGCCAGAGCCUCAAAGCAUCAUGCUGGUGCUGUAUGAGUUGAAGAGUCGCGGAACUCACAUGGCAUUUCUGGUUGAGGAGACUUCCCAAGAGAAGACUCGGAGCUUGAAGGUGGUGGUGGAUAUCAUCUCCAAAGGAAGUUCCGUGGGAGUGAUGGAGCUCAUGGAAGGCCUCACUUAUCAAUGCACCGUGGUUUGUUCGCCGCUGGCGGAGAUCUACUCAAUCUCCAGAUACGACUUCAUCAGGAAUGGUCCUCGACCAAUCACACACCGUCUCUUUUGCAACUACAAGGCCCGACUCUCCGACAAGCAGUUGAUCUGGCGCCUGGUGCAGAAGCACAGGUGGGAUCACUACAAGCGUGGCUUGCUGGAAGAGAUCCGUAGUUGGAACAGCUCAGCCAGUCGUGGAAUCGUGGACAGGGAAGAUCCUGUCCCAAUGAUCGGUGGCAGCGCUUUGGAAGAUCAGACCUGCAUCCGGAUUGGCCGCGGCGAGAAGUUGUGGGACCAACGUGCUCAGACUCCACCGAAUCAGGCUUAUGACCCGGACCAAGCAGUGAAGCAGAUCUUCCAUGUCCAGUGCUCUCGAGACGAACAGGGCAAGCCCUUGGUACAAGUGGAACGAGAGCAACGGGAUGCCUCCAUGGACGAGUUCGAGCGGAAGCUGUUGGAAACCAUGGCGAAUGCCCGUUACCGCGACAAGCUGCGAAGGGCCAAGCAAAAACAUGCAGCUAGUCAUUCUGCUUUGGAGGACAAGGGUGCCAAUGCGGUAGCCAUAGCGCAGGCCUUAGAAGAAGAGGCAAAGAGGAGCUUAGAGGAGCAGAAGCAGAAGGAGAAGGAGCGCAUCGAGGUGAUGCGGCAGGAAGUUCAAGCCAAGGUGCAGCGAAGGUGUUGGGUAGUCACCAUGACUGCAUCGUAG